GUAGUAGCUCAACCCCACAAAACCAAACCUAAAGAAAAAAAAAAAAAGAACGAUAAAAACGAUGAAUUCAGCUCCGGCGACGCCACCGCCGUUGAACUAUUGGGGAGACAUGCCGGAGGAAGAGUUCUACACUUCACAAGGGGUACGUAACACCAAAUCUUACUUCGAAACACCCAACGGGAAGCUCUUCACACAGAGCUUUUUACCGUUAGAUGGUGAGAUCAAAGGGACUGUGUAUAUGUCUCACGGCUACGGAUCCGACACGGGCUGGAUGUUCCAGAAGAUAUGCAUGCGUUACUGUUCUUGGGGUUACGCUGUUUUCGCCGCUGAUAUUCUCGGCCACGGCCGUUCUGAUGGCAUCCGCGGCUACUUGGGUGAUAUGGAGAAAGUUGCAGCAGCAUCAUUGGCUUUCUUUAAGCAUGUUCGUUGUAGUGAUCCGUAUAAAGAUCUUCCGGCUUUUCUCUUUGGUGAGUCUAUGGGAGGUCUUGUGACAAUUCUCAUGUAUUUUCAGUCGGAGGCUGAUACUUGGACCGGUUUGAUCUUUUCGGCUCCUCUAUUUGUUAUGCCUGAGGAUAUGAAACCAAGCAAGCCUCACCUCUUCGCAUACGGUCUCUUAUUUGGGUUGGCUGAUACGUGGGCCGCAAUGCCCAAUAAGAAAAUGGUUGGCAUGUCUGUCAAGGACCCUGAAAAGCUCAAGAUCAUCGCAUCUAACCCACGAAGAUACACAGGGGCGCCUAGAGUGGGAACAAUGAGAGAGUUACUUAGGAAGACCGAGUACGUUCAGGAGAAUUUCGAGAGAGUGACUAUUCCGGUGUUUACGGCGCACGGGACAUCUGAUGGUGUAACAUGUCCAUCAUCGUCCAAGCUACUAUAUGAAAAGGCAUCAAGCGCUGAUAAAACAUUAAAGUUGUAUGAAGGAAUGUACCAUUCGCUGAUUCAAGGAGAGACCGACGAGAAUGCUGAGAUUGUGUUGAAAGAUAUGAGAGAAUGGAUUGAUGAAAGGGUUAAGAGGUAUGGAACUAAAACUGCUUGAACAAAACCGACAACUAUAUAUUGUGUUACAAGAACAUGAUCGAAGAGGAACAUGUAUAUUGAUGUUAUGAUCGUUGAUAUGACUUGUUUGUUGUAAUCCAAGAGCAUGAUUUUUUGUGAUGUAAUAACAAAAAAUCUUAUCUAUCAUUUACUAAAUGUUGGAUUUAGCCUAGUUA